AAAAUAUUAAUAGUAAAACAAACGGUGAAAUAUACAAGAAUGGUGUCUUCGUACGCUUCUUCUUUUUGUUUUUGACAAGAAAUAAUAAAGUUUUUGCUGACGUUUUCGUUUAUUGUUUAUCGAACCAAAACUAAAUUUAUUUUAUCGUCCAUCAAUUAAAGUAAAUACAUGUUUAACACCUUUAUCAAAUUGUUUUUCUCGUUAGCAAACUAGUGCUAAAUAACCAGAUCUCAAAUCGCACAACUUCCAUAACAAACAUUUUAUUUUAUUGUGUGUUUAAAAAUAUAUACAUAUUUUCCUUAUCUUUUGCUACUGCCAAUUGUUUAAAACUAUUGUGAGUAAUAAACUACAUACGUCAACGUGUAAAUCUGUGCAAAAAUUGUUCGGAAAGAUUUUGCUGUUAUUCUGGAACAAAACCAUUUACAAGGCGUAGUAGGUUGAUGUUAUGAUCAAAAGUGAAAGUUUCUCAUUUAACUGUAAUUUCAAUGUAAAGUUCAUUGGGUCAAAUCCAAUAUUAAUGCUUUGCAUAGUUUAGUCGCCUUGCACCCAGAAGCAGCAGGUAGUCAACCUUGAAAUUUUCAAUAUGUUGGCCAAUUCGGGUUAUGUGAUGACCUUAGCCAACAGUAUUAUUGGCGUUGGUAUACUUGCGAUGCCGUUUUGUUUUCAAAAGUGUGGCAUCAUUUUAGCAACACUUCUACUCAUUUUAAGCAACUGGAUAACAAGAGUUUGUUGUCACUAUCUAAUCAAAACUUCACUGCUCACACGAAGAAAAAGUUUCGAAUUUCUUGGUUUUCAUGCAUUCGGUACUUCCGGUAAACUAUUAGUGGAAUUGUGUAUUAUUGGUUACCUCUUGGGAUCAUGUAUAACAUAUUUUGUUGUUGUCGGCGACUUGGGACCACAGAUUGUGACAAAAAUGUUCUCACUGGAAAAUGAACAUCGUCAUUUGCGUACACUUUUAAUGUGUGGUGUCACACUUUUUUGUAUAAUACCAUUGGGUAUGCUCAAAAAUGUGGACAGUUUGUCGACUGUGUGCACAGCAUCGAUUGGUUUCUAUCUCUGUUUGGUCAUAAAAAUCAUCUUAGAAUCUGAAACGCAUAUUAUAGCCAAUGAUUGGACGGAAAAGGUGGUAUAUUGGCAACCGGGAGGCGUGCUGCAGUGUUUGCCUAUUUUUAGCAUGGCCUUAUCCUGUCAAAUGCAAAUCUUUGAGGUAUUUACGAGCAUAAAUAAUCAAAGUUUAGAAAAAUUAAAUGGCAUUGUUCGUAAUGCCACUUGGAUAUGUACGCUAGUGUACAUUGCUGUUGGUUUCUUUGGCUAUGUGGCAUUUUGUACACAAACUUUUUCGGGGAAUAUAUUAAUGAAUUUAUCCGCCUCAUUUAGCAGUGAUGUUAUAAAAAUUGGUUUCGUCUUGUCAGUGGCUUUUAGUUUUCCUUUAGUUAUAUUUCCCUGCCGUGCCAGUCUUUACUCUUUGCUGUAUAGAAAGGGCCAAACUGAUGCUUCCGGUUAUAUACCAGAAUCAAGAUUUAAAGCCAUAACUGUAUUUAUUGUCAUCUUCUCUUUAUGCAUUGCUUUAAUGAUACCUUCGGUUGAACUGGUCAUUGGUCUGGUGGGUUCCACCAUAGGUGUAGCUAUUUGCAUUAUGUUUCCAGCUGCUUGCUUCAGAAAAAUUAUCAAAAAAGAUACCACCGAACGGAAUUUAGCACAAUUUAUUGUAAUUAGCGGUUUCUGCCUAAUGAUAUUGGGCACAUAUGCUAAUCUCUCAGCCAUUGAUGAGAAAAGUUCAGGUUCUCAUUUGGAUAUACCGAAAAUUGAUGACGAUCUUUUUAAGCCCACUGAAAUAGCAAAAGAGUCUUUGGAUGAGAAAAUUAAAAAUAUCGAAAAAGCUCUAGAAGAAAAGGAAAAGGAGGAAAAUCAAAAAGUCAUAGUGCAAAACUUAAAAGAAAAGCAGCAAAAAGACAAUCUUAAUCAAACAAAAAUCGUAAUAGUCGAAAAGCCCUCACCCCCACCUCUGCCGGUCGAUGAGCCACAUCCAGUAAUUGAGCAAAAGGAAAAAUUAGCUGAAAAGUUGGACAAUAAAGAUCAAGAUGAUAAACUACCAGUUAUUAAGCCUCAAGUUAUGUUGGAAGAAAAGGAUAACGUAAAGAAAUUAGUCAACAAUUUAACUGAAAUUAAAGAUUCCCAAAACAUUCCUCUACAAAUAGUAGACAAAAAAACAACAACUAAUUUAGAGGUACAACCACAAACUAUUGACAAUGAUGCCAUUAAAAAGGACGAAGAAGUGGCCAAAGAAGAAUACAAACAAGAAAAUGACGAGUUAAAGAAAACUCAAAAAGAAUUAGAAAAAACUAAAGAUUUACUUGAGAAAAAAGUUGAAGAACUUAAAGAAGAAUUAGUUAAACAAAAUCAAGAAACCCAAAACCUGGUGGUUGAAAAACUAGGUGAAGUUGUAGAGAAAUUUGAGGCUAUUGAACGCCAAGUUCAACAUAAAAAUGAAGAAGAUAUUCCACCACCCAAAGUAGAUGUAAACAGUGUAAAAGAGCAAAAUAAAGAUGCAAAAGAUCUCCCAAAUACUGCCAAUGAUACUAAUAAUGUUAAACCCUAUAAAGGUUCUUUGAUUUCCAUUUUAACUGAAAAUAGAACAUUAAAUAAUAAGCAAAUGGCUCCAGAAAAGGUCUAUGAACCAUUAUCCUAUAAAACAGGGGAAUUAAUGGAAAGUGUACAUAAUGGUACUAUAUUAGAAAAACGUUUGCCACUACCUUUGGCUCUACUCAUAAAUGCUUCACAAGCUAAAAUGAAUGAAACCCUAUAUGCAAAGCCACAAAUUUCAUUAACGCAAACCCUAGACAAUGAAAAUAAAACACAAGCUAAAGUUGUACCUCUACCAAAUAUUACUCACAAUAAAGACCCAGAAAAGAAUAAUGUAGAAGCUAUAAGACGUGAAAUUUUACAAUUGAAAACUAAUCCCAAUGAAAUUACCACAAUUGCGCCAGAUGAUGAUAAUUUGUCGGUUCACAGAAAUAAACGUUCCUAUCAGUCAUUACAACUGGAAAAUGGAAACUGUCUAACGGAACCGAAAGUAGACAAUCUUAUGGCUGCUAGUCUAAGUUCGGGAUUAGAAAUGAAAAUUGGCCGUGAUUUAAAAUCCCUUAAGGAUGAAGAAUAGAAUAUAGGAGAAAAUUUAACAAAACAUAUAUACUAUGUACCACCAUUUCCAAGGACUAAAAUUUAUUAAUUAGUUUUAAACUACAAGUAAACAAAAAAUACUGUAUAUUUUUCUCGCAUUUAGUAGUAGAGUAAAUUAGUUAUUAAAGGUUUAAUUUAAUUAACAUUUACAUUUAUUAUUGUUAAAUGAAAAUUAAACGAAUGAAUCUAUAAACAAUUUAUAUUUGUUUAAUGAAUUUAUAAUGUAAUAAAUCCGUACCUUUCAAUAUUUUAUAAGAAAUAUGUAUUAAGAAAAUGAAUUUUCUAUUUAUUUGUAAAUAUCUAUAUCGAUUAGAUGAAAAUGAUCAAUAAAAGUCAAUAUGUAGAUGAAAUAAACAAAAA